GAACGACGUUAUGACAAUCUGACGAGUGUGAACCUCUUACAAAUCAGAGAUCUGCCUACUCCAAUUUUACCAACACAUAUAAUCAUCGGUGCAUGGCAGAAGCAGAAGCAAUUUCGUCUUCUGUGAUAGCUGCACAGGAUGUUAUAAAGCCACCAGCGCGUUCCCGUGGGCGACCUCGGCGAAAGGGCGGACCAUCUCGCACUGUAGUUCCAACACUUUUAUCACCCAUCACACGCACAGACGGUACUCAGCAUACUUCUGCUCAUGAUCCCGCCGAUGUGCGCCCAAGAGAAGAACGUUCAUACAAAGAAUUCUUUCCAGAUCUGGAUAUAACGCAACCACUCCCAAUUGUCCGAUCAUCGCAACGUGAAAAUGACGCGUUACCAGCAUCAGAAACUGCUUCCAUUGCCGCAGCUUCUUCGCAAAACAAAGUGGUGACAGAAGAAAACGGCUCUGAUUCCAGUGGAACAUCCCAAACAGAAGUUUCACAUACUCUAACCAACGGUCAAUUGCUCAACGGCGGCAAAUCUCCUUCCGCUACGGCCGAAUCUGUCACCUCCGGCGUGCUAGGUGCGAUAUCCAAAACCCUGACUUUUGCUCGAAAUCAAUUACAAAGGAAAGAAAACGGGACAACAGCUCCUGAAGAACUCAGCCCUGACUUUGAAGAAAGUGACCUUUCGUCCGUAAGCGAUACUGCGGCAACUUCAUCAGAGGAUGCAGCUAGCUCUUCAAAGAGUAUUCUAAAGCAUGGUCCACAAGAGAAAUCCAACAUGGAAUCACAGGCCGGGGAUUCAAAUCCUUACCAAGCACUGUCUACGCGUCCAAUGCAUGGCGCUAAGGAUGUUUCAGGGUCCACCGUUGCAUCUGAGCAGCAAGUCACUUUAAAUUUACCUAAGCCGUCGUUUUGGAAAAUUCAAGAUCCAAAACCCAAAAAGUCAAAGCCAGAUCGCUUUCAGAAUACCACGGAAACAUUGGAGAUCGAUGAAGUAUUCAAGCGUCCCGACAAUCACUACAUACGGUAUAUAGAACCUACGGAAAUAGAUCUCUUUGAGACUGUAGAAUAUGAUAUGGACGAACAAGAUGAAGCAUGGUUACGUUUGCUUAAUGCCGAAAGGAGGAAGGAAAAUUUGGGCUCGUUAAGCACUGAUUUAUUCGAGACUAUUAUGGAUCAAAUAGAGAAAGAAUGGUUUGACCUGGUCAAAAAUCUUCCCAAACAAAGCGCAGAUGAGCCUGCGUUGGAUUCUGCCUGCGCCAUUUGUGACGACGGCGAAUGUGAAAAUAGCAAUGCAAUUGUCUUCUGUGACGGCUGUAAUUUAGCGGUCCACCAAGAUUGCUAUGGUAUCCCGUAUAUCCCUGAAGGUCAAUGGCUUUGCCGUAAGUGCAUGGUUUCUCCGGAAUUUCCAGUGUCAUGCCUCUUUUGUCCAAACGAGGGAGGAGCUUUCAAGCAAACUAAUACUAAUAAGUGGGCUCACUUGUUAUGUGCGAUAUGGAUCCCUGAGGUUGGCGUGAGCAACAGUGUUUAUAUGGAGCCUAUCGACAACAUUGAAAAUAUACCAAAGAGUCGAUGGAAACUUUCAUGUUUUGUUUGUCGACAACGAACAGGAGCUUGCAUCCAAUGUGAUAACAAGCACUGCUUUACGGCAUUCCACGUUACUUGCGCUCGUAAGGCAAAGCUUUACAUGAAGAUGAAGACGCACAACCCGCACUAUGAUGGAGGCAUGCUACGAGCAUACUGUGAUAAACAUACGCCAAGAGAUUACAAGGAACAUGUAGAUGUCCAUAAGACCCUUGCUGCAGCACAGAGAACCUAUGGCUCACGGCCAGCCACCGUCACGUAUACUAUGGAGGAUUCAGAAGAUGAGGAUGACUACAUGCCUAGCUCCGAUGACGACGAAAAAACGACCUCGCGAAGUUAUAAGCAGGCAAGGAAACGAGAACAGCAAAAACAACAAAAAUUGAAAGGACGUGAUGUAAAUUUGCAAUCAUUGAGCCAACUUUCGCGUAGCUCUAAAGCUGCUCGCGCCCAUCAGCACCACUAUACGUCGGGAGCCCCCAUAGCACCGGAAUACAUCAUUGAUAAACUUGAAAACUUGAAAGCUUUACGGUCCGCAAAUCAUCUUCGGAGGAAAACGCAACUUAUCAUUACCAUCUGUCGCUACUGGUCAUUAAAACGUGAAUCAAGGCGAGGAGCACCGUUACUCAAGCGUCUUCACUUGGAGCCUUGGACUGCAUCAUCCUCACAAACGAAACAAACGGAAGUCGAAAAAGCACGCAAAGCAGCUGCUAUGAUGAGUUUACGUGCAGAUUUAGAGCGCGUUCGAAUGCUCUCAGAACAGGUACAGAAACGAGAACGACAUAAGCUGGAAAGGCUUCGUAAACAAAAAGCAUAUCUCGAAAUCAUUCUCUUCCCGUUGGAAUACAUUCUGAAACCUAUUUUGGAAGAACUGAUGGAAUUGGAUAAGAAAGAUUUCUUUGCCUAUCCUGUCACCGAUGAUAUAGCUCCGGAUUAUCGAGAUGUUAUCCGUCAACCAAUGGCGUUUUCAGACAUUGUUGAGAAGCUCAAUUCCCAUACAUAUACUAGCGUUGAAGAGUUCGAAGCCGAUCUACAGCUCAUCUGCCGGAACAGCAUGACGUACAACAAGACCGACACCGCUUAUUAUAAACUAGCGCAGAAAAUGGAAAUCCAUGCGCAACCAUUACUCAAGCAAGCAAAGCAGGACUAUGCAAGCAUGAAGAUUUCAGAAGAAACGGGCAUACUCGACAUUGGCCUCCAUCCGGAAAUAUUCACGUACAAUUUACUCAAGAUACCCACUGCUGAGGAAUUAGCUAAAGAGGAGGAGCGUCGACGACAGGCUGCUGAGCAAGAAGAGGCAGCUGCGUUGGCACUGAAAAAAAAGCAAAUGGAAGAAGCGCAUGCACGUGAACGUCAAGAACGGAAGAAGGCGGCUGCUGAAGCUCGAGCGGCAUUGGCUGGUCAAAAUAAGGAUGGUAAACGAUCAACACGUAGUCAACAAAAUCAAGUGGCUGCCCUUGAUGCACUUAAAUCACGGCCAAAGUUGUCGUCGGAAGCCAAACGAUUACUUCAAACCAGGGCCAUCGAACUUCAUCGUUCUGAACCUCUUCCUACUGAUAAGAAAGUUCAGCGGGGGUAUCUUUACGUCUCAGAAACUGAAACGGAGGACGAUGGCGAAGACGAACCGCAACAAGAGAAGAAGGAAGAUGAAGAGCGACCUGAGCAAGAAACUAAACAGGAGGAGAAGAUGUCUGUCUCGCCAGCACCUCCACGAUCUAAGCGUACCGAGACGAAGCGGCAAUUACGUAGUCGAUCACAGCAAGAAGAGCCGCCUAAAAGGGAAACUAGAGGACGAAAGCCUUCUGCUGCUACUAUUGAAGCGCGAAAAAGAAAAGCCCAUACGCCUGAACAAGACGGCCGUCAUGAUUCAUCUAUGGCAAGAAAGAAGCCAAGGCUAGACAGAAAGGCUAAAGUGAACAAACCAACUGCGACGCCAAAACAACCUGUGAAUCCCUUUGAACAUGGGCGAAUUGUAUGGGCUAGAGUGAUUGGUUUCCCUGCACAUCCAGCAAAAGUGAUUGAUAUUUCUAAGAUGGAUGUGGAGAAACGGAUCAUGGAUCAAAGGAACGACCCUAAUCAAGUAUUAGUACAGUUCUACGAGGUGAACGAGAAGCAUCAGUGGGGUUGGAUUUAUCGACAAGAAAUCGCUAUCCUUGGAGACCCAGAAACGGACAUUGAAAAGCUUCGAAUGGCCCAGCGAACCAGAAAGCUCGCUCGAAUCACCGAAGUCAAGCGAGGUUACCUUCAUGCAAGUUCUUUCCUUGACAUUGACGGACAAGCCAUUGUUGACCAAGUGUUUGGAGCUGAUUCGAAGAAAAAGUCGAAAUCCAAAUCUUUGAAAGCAUAACAUUUCACUUGUACAUUUUUUAUUUUUUUUAUUUGCACACCCUUUUUACCUUUUCUUUUCUCUUUCGCUAUUCUCUAAUUACACAUUUGC